GACGGUGCUCGGCUUCCGGCCUCGGCUUUGACGUUCGUCGCGGAGUCUCGCGGGGUCUCGCUCGCGUGGAAAGUCGCUACAACCGGGGGAGGGAGCGGGGAGAGAAAGGGAUCCGUGACGUGCUCCGGCCGGAGUCCGCCGAAGUCGUGUCUGCCUUUCUCUCUCUCGCGUUGUCUCUCUCUCUCUCUCUCUCCCGCUCUCUGUCUCGCUCUCGCGUGCGCCAAAAUGUCCGUGUACUCGUAAGAUUGUGCCCGCGCGCGCGCGGCCAUCGACGUCGACGACGAGGACGAGGACGAGGACGACGACGUUCGCUUCGCCCGUGAAAGGAAACCUACGAAAGUGUCGGGCGACGAGCGAGCGGCCAAUAAUGCGCAUACUGGACGCGCGGAGACGGCAGCGCGAGCGAUAGCUUUAGAUCUCAAAGAUUGCUGUGAAUUAGGCCAGAGCGUCUUGCAGGCAGCAUGAGCAAUCCUUAUCGAGCCAGACCCACCCACAGAUCUCGGGUGGAUCAUUCGGCUGCGUAUGGGAUGCACAAUCAGAAUAUGUGGAUGCCCGUGUCGAGGCCUCAGUCGGACGUUCCGCCGAACGAUACUAUCCAGCAGUCUCUCGUAAACCAAUCAAAACAUGCGAGCGACACGUGGAAGGAUCCGUGGGACUGGAAUCUGGAUAGCCAACAAUCGGAUAGCCAGCAGCAGCAGCAGCAAUCGCCACCGCAGCAACCGUCGCCACAGCAACAGCAGCAUUACGUACCCUCGUAUCAGAAUCAAGGGCAGCUGAUAUCCGGUUCCGCGCAAAACCAUUAUUACAAGAAUCUCAAUGGUAACACAUCCGACGUACUUAACCAGAACCCCGUGUCGGGCAGGAACACUCCCAGGGUCCCAGAGCCCGCUCGUCCGACCGGGACGAAUUACACGGACUCCUUUCCACCCUACGCGAACUAUAAUCAAAAUCAGCAGUAUCCGCUGCCGCCUCGGCCGAACAGCGCGAAAUCCGGUUACGAGCACGCUCAAUGGCCGAGCGAGCAUCCGUCGCAGAAUGCAUCUUACCCUCAGCAGAGGCUCGUGCCGCAGCAGAGCCAGAAGGAUCAGCCACCGAUGCCCCCGCCGCCGAUGGCGUCGCAUAAUUAUAACUGGAGCAAAGACGACGCGGCGAACUUGCCGUUGCAACGUAAUUGGCAGAAUCACACCGACACGCUGGGUCAGUGGCAGGAUCAAAACACGUCGUCGGAGAUGCAACAGCCAACGGUCGACAAUAUGGGCAAUCAGUCACAAGUGUACAGCGCGCCCGUUGAGGGAGUCAACAAGGAACAUUCCAUGAACUGGCCUACCGGUGGACAGCAAAAUAACGAAGCGGGCAACAAGUCUAACGUCGUAUCGAAUCAGUGGCAAAAUCGCGAGUCCCAGCAUCAAUCCGCGCAUUUAGCACAAGCAAAUAACGUGGAUGACACAUUCGCCUCUUGGCCGCAGUCGGGCAACGUCGUCAGUGCCGCGCACGAUUGGAGACACUCCAAGCCAAGCGAACCUUUACAUUCUACACAAUGGUUACAGCCAACGGGUGUGGAUAACAGUUCAUUCACGGAGAACGUGCCGCAGAAUAAUAACAGCACGAGAUUUGCCGUGAACGAGUGGCAACAGGUGCACAUGGCGCCGUUCAGUUACGCCCCAGCGUCCACGACCGUAGAAAAUAUUGUACAUACGCCCAAUAACAAUGAACAGCAGAAGAACGAGAAGCCGGCGGCGGUAGCGUCGUCUGUCGCGAGCACCGUGUCGCCCCACGAUUCGUUCAGCCACGCGAAAUCGAGCGAGAUCAAGCCACCGAUUGGAGACCACCAUAAUCUAAACGUAACUGAUGACACAUCACCGACGAGCGAUCCUUCUAAGACCGGCGAGAACGAUCGUUCUUUCGAUUCUAUAACGGCAGAGGAAUUAACCAGCAGUUUUGGCCAAUUUAAUCUCGGAAGCAAGUCGGGAAAACACGUGGAUCCUUUAGGCGAGGAGGUGCAUUCGAGUCCUAUUCUCCCCCCGGAAGGGAGAGCUCAACAUCCUGCUAAUUUUACAAAUAUUCGAGGUAAUCCCAUUCCCGACAACAUGCCCGUGCUACCACCGGCAUCAAGCGGCAUAGAGAAUUCUCAUUCGAUCGAUAGCCAGCCGCCAAUUGUCGGGCAAGAUCAUCUAAUAUCGAAUACAUAUCAGAGUGGCGCCGCUAAGGUAACGGACAGUAUCUCGCAAAGCGGAUAUGAUCAAUGGUACAAUCAAAACUCACUGGAGAACGCGUGGUAUACGAAGGAUCACUCGCGUCCACUGCCCAAGCAGUGGAACGCUCCUGAGCAGAACGUAGAGAACUACGAGAAUAUCCAGCAAACGUCCGACUUCAUAAACGUCGAGGUUGUCGCGCCUGCAACGCUGAAGGAGCGCGAUAUCUACGGUUCGCGGGAUUCCAUAAACAAGGAAACGUUGGACAACGAUCCUAAGCCGAGCGCGAGUCCCAAAGAAGCGACGAACAUUCGGGACUUCAGGGAGGAGGUGAACAACGUCGAGGUGUUGUCGAUGCAGCAGCAACAGCAGCAGCAGCAGCAGGCGCGGCCUCCUCAUCCACCUCUGGCGGAGCAGAUGCCGGACAACUACGAGUUCGCUUCGAACGACAGAAACACGUUUCUCGAGACCGGCGAGUUGACUGACUCGCAUCAGGAACACGAGCCGACGCCACCGAGUCAGGAUGACGAGAACGAUGAAGUGCCUAACGAUAUUCCCUUUCUGCGCGAAGUGCCAGGGCAAUCGAGUACCAUAGAUCCGCGCAGGAACGAUCCUACGGGUCAGGAGCAUCACGUGCAGACCGGCCAACGUUUGUCCGAUCCCAGGAGGAACGAUCCGUCGGGUCAGGAGCAGAGUAUGCAAGUUAGGAGUAUGCCUGACCGAGUGGAGCGUCGCGACGUUCUUCCGGGGCAAGAGAGGAAUGUUCCUCUGUUACUGCGAGGCGACUCGGACACUCUGGAGCGGCGGAACGAUCCUUCCGGCAGGGAACGUUCUCUGCCACCGCAACAGUCGCGAAACGAUCCGUCGGGCGAGGAGAGACAUCAGCUGCAGUCGCAGUUAAUGCUGGAGUCGAGCGAGACCCGUGAAGUGCUCGGCCGGGGCAACGAGCCCGACGAGGUUGCGCAGCAAACGGACGCGGAACUCAGGCAGAUACCAGGCGGAGCGUCCUCCAACGACGCCACGCAGUUGCCGGACGACAGAACAACAGGUGGUAGAGUCGUCACCGGCUCCCCGCCGGAGGUCCCCCCGACGAUGUCCGCGAUGCAGGAUCAGGCGAGCGAGUCGCGGAGCAAACGCGAGGAGGCGGUGGGCGCCUCUCUGGAGAGCAGCGAGAGCCAGGGUGUCUCCGGCUCCUCGAAUCGCCGGGAUUCCUACGAGGACGACGACGACGAGGGGUCUCGCAACAGCCGGGACGAGAGCAGGGAGAGACGGCGGGAGACGAGUCCCGAUCGCCGACGAUACGAAUACGAGCGGAAGAGCGCGUACUACGACCGCGAUCGUGAAUACGAGGAUGACUACUAUUACGAGCGCGGGCGACGCGUGGGCGACAAUGAGCGUCAGUAUAAUGCCCGCGACGACUUUGAGCGACGUGAUGCUUCCUAUCGAGACGACGAACGUAAGCAUCACAGUCGCGACGACUUGGAUCGACACGGUAGAGACGAUAUGGACAGAAGAGUCAGGGGAAAGGAGGAUCUAGAUGAAAGAGACGCCAGGAGGAGACCGGAUGACCGCAGAAGAGACAGAGGCGAAGAUCCACGUCGUCGAGACAGAGAUCCGAGAGAUUACGAUGCACGAUAUUCUAGAGAUCCUAGGGACAGAGAGUAUAUGGAUGGACGCGAAAGGAGGAGGGAUGACAGACGGUCUCGAAGAUACGACGAUUACGAUAGAGAUCCGUAUAGGAGGGAUUAUUACGACGAUCCUUAUGGAAGAAGUUCUAGACCUUCAAGUAGAUCUUCUUACAACGAUAGAGACCGUGAAUACUACAUGCGUGGAAGGGAUUCUUAUUAUGGAUACAAUGGAUACAGUGGAUAUGAUUAUAGUGCUCAUUACGGUAACAAUUAUUACGCAUAUCUUGAAAACCUGCGUCGAACGAAUCCUGCCGCCUAUUCCGAGUGGUACCACAAAUAUUAUGCCAGCCAACAGCAGCAGCAGCAGCAGCAGCACAUCGCCAGAGGUGUCGGCAAUUAUCCGGAGGACAGAGCCAGCGUUCACUCCGGCCGUAGCUCCUGUGACGACAGGACUGGUGAUAAACGAACACUGGGUGAUAUGUCAUUGGAAGAUUCGAUGAUUACAUCUGCUCGAUUGACACCGACUAAAUAUUCCACGUCUCAUGCAUAUGGAUGCUUUUCCAUUGGAUCUUUGGUACAUGUUCAUCCAAGCUAUCCAGCUGAUGGCGAGAGAGCUAAAGUGGACAUUUUCCGCGUAGAAAACUUACUCUUGCACGAUCCUAUUGCACGUGAUUUACGAUUAUAUCCAGGACCUUUAAUCAAUGGCGUAACGCACAAGAAGACUAUCAUAGAAUAUUGCGAAAAUAAAAUUAAAAAAGCAGUGGUAAACGAAGAAAUGAUCGAUCGCGCUUCGUACAUCUUGCUGUACGAAUUGAUGAUUAUGUUAAUUCAACAAAAUGGGAACGUAGUCGGCGUCGACAUUGCCGGGCUCUUGCUGCGUAACAAGGAUGCUUAUCCUUACGACGCGAAUAAAUGCAGGUCUCAGGAUGUAGGACGCAGAGAAUCGCAGAUAUCGCAACGAUCCGGUGCGACGGGCAGCGACGGAAGUACCCAGGAUAUUUCAGUGUUAUCCGAGAAAACUGAAACCAAACAGCGAAAAACUGUAGAGCAAAUAACAGACGAAUUCAGAGAUACGUUACUUUACGGACGGGUUCAAGAAGCAUUAGAAUACGCGAUGAACGAAGGACUUUGGGGCCAUGCUCUCUUCCUGGCUAGUAAAUUGGAUAAACGUACUCACGCUUCUGUGAUGACUCGUUUUGCAAACAGUCUACCACCGCACGAUCCACUGCAGACCCUGUAUCAACUGCAUUCUGGUCGCGUACCUGCUAUCGUCACGUGCGUUGCGGAUCCACGCUGGGACGAUUGGCGGCCUCACCUAGCUAUGAUUAUUUCUAAUACCUCGGCCAAUCCAGAAGUUAAUCGUCGAUCAAUAACGACUCUCGGGGAUACAUUAUUCGCGAGGGGCGAUAUCCACGCCGCACAUUUCUGCUACAUACUCGCGCAAAUUGAUUUCGGCGCUUACGGAACUAAUGGAGUUAAGCUCGUGUUGAUCGGCGCCAACCACAAUAAAUCGUAUUCCGAAUUCUUCACCAUGGAAGCUAUCAUGUUAACGGAGAUUUACGAAUACGCUCGGAACCUCAGCGAUCCGUGUUUCACAUUAGUAGAUCUUCAAACAUUCAAGUUCGAUCUAACCGUGAAGAUGGUGGACUAUGGACUGAUAGAAAAGGCUCUAUUGUAUAUCGAACAGAUUGCAACGAAUAUCGCCAACGAUCCGUCGAAGUACAAGAAAUCCUUCAUCAAAGCGGUUUAUGUAUUGGGCGACCGAAUUAAAUAUCACGAUCCAGUCUAUAAGGACGCGAUCGAAGACGCUGCGAAUGUAACGUGGCUUAAUAAAUUAGCAGAGAUAGUUGGAAAAUAUGAGGACGAGCAGAGUGUCGAAGAUGAAACGUACGAUUCCCGUACUAUGAUCGAAAAUCAGGAAAUUCAUGAAAUGAAACAUCAGCAACAGCAGCCAUUGCAAAUACCGCCACUAUCGUCGCAACAACAAUGGAACACUCUUCAACCCGAUUACAGUGACGGGCCUACAUCGAUGAUGGAAGUUAAUACGAGUGAAAACCAAUCAGAUUGGCAACCAUUAUCUUUGCCCACGAACAUUCAAGAUACGUACGAUCCGAACGUGCAGUACAUGAGAAACGUGGACGAAUCCGUUCAGUACCAGCAGCAGCAGCAACAGGAUUACUGGAGCCAGCAGCCAUAUUAUCAGAAUAAUUACGGAAGAAGUGAAACUAUGCCUAAUUGGCAGCAGCAGUCUGCAGGAUUAACCACCGAUCAGACUGACGUAACCAACUCGCAACAACAAGACAAAUGGAACUAUGAGCCUGCGCAGCCAAUCAUCUCCAUGACACCGUCGACCGGUAAGCAGUACGAUCCAUUGGAGGAAUUGGACGCGCUUGAGACCACACGAUCGACCGCUAAGCCCGCGGCGGACACGAAGAAAACGGCGGAGAAAACGGCUGAUAAGAAACCCUCCAACGGUGGUGGCUCUUGGUUCGGUGGUUUUUUCAGUAAACUCACGCCCAAGCCGAAAAAUCAAAUGAUAUUGCCGGACGAUAACAAUCCAACGAUUGUAUGGGACUCGGUCGCUAAGAAGUGGAUAAACAAGGAUGAGGACGGCGACAGCGGUGGCGGGACGUUGGUCCCACCGCCGAAAACGGCCGACAUGAGUUUCCGUGCGCCGGCGAUGGAGCGCGGUUCGCAGCCGCCUCUACCGAGUGCGCACAACGAGGAUAUCGCACCAGCGACAGAUAUUUCAAAAUUGCCUACCGGUAGCAAUAUGUUCAAACUGCCAAAGGGUAGGAAUAUGCGUGCCAACUACGUAGACAUAAUGAAUCCCGGCGGAAAGCCCAAAGGUAGCGCGGCAUCGUCUAACGUGACCACCCCGAUAACGUCUCCGCUGGCUACCUCGUCCCCGCAGAUGUUUGUCCCUGCGCCAAUCAAUGAUCCAACCGCUCCCGUGGAUUUCCUGACUCCGGCAGCAACACCGCCGUCUGGAAACGCCGUCGCGGAGAACAACACCCCACUCUCUCGCUGGAGCUCGACCAGCUCGUUAUCACGAGAGGUGCAGAGCUACACAAUGAGGGAUCCGCGACUCCUUCAACGGAACAAGGGACCAAUGAUGUUCAACCCGAGUGAAAUGAAGGAUCGUUCGGUGAAGAACAUGCCACCUAGCAGAUAUCAUCCACGAUAAUUUUUUGCGACCGCUUACGAGAGUAUAGUUUGUUAUUUAAAUUAGGAAUUUUUCUUAUAGUUGUAUUAUAAUUAUAGUUGUAUUUAAUGUGAAUAUCUGUUCUUGUAUAGAAAACGUGACAAUAGUACAUUUUUUUUGUAGUGCGCACAGUGCACACAGUUUCUUUCGAAAAGGUGUGCAUACCUAAGCGACGCAAAAGUUCAGAAGAUAUGGCAUCUUUUUAGAUGCCUCCUCCGUUCUUCACAGAUUCGAGUUGUCUAGAUAAAUUUUUACAUUUGGAAUUCUGUUCAAGUUUGUUUCUUUGUUAUAUUUAUCGUGUCGAAUUAAAUUAUAUAUUACGUUUAAAUGUAUUCAGAAUGAGAUUUUCACGCGAAUCACGCGAUACAGGAGACAAUUUUAGCGAAUGCAAUGGUGGCGCAAAUAAAUUAAAUCCGAGUAUACGUUUAAUGAUUUUUAAAUUAAAAGCUUCCAUUAUACACCAAGGAUUCAGAAAAUAUGCUCCUUUCUGACCAAUUCUCGCGGAAUGUUCUUUUGUAUGCAAUGUAAUGAAUUUAUUUGGAUGUUACGCACCGAUUUCCAUUUUUAUUAAACGCAUAUUUCCAUCAAAUGAUUACCUAUACAUUUGCUGAUCGUCGUUCAUUGUUAAUCAUUAUGGAAAUAUGCGAGUGCAUUCCCGUUACUACGUUCGUCUAGCUUGUAAGUAAAAUCGUCAUCGGUACCGGAUUCGAUGUCACGCGAACUGCGAGCGAGUUUGAAUUACGUGAGUGAGAUGUAAAGUUGAUAUUUUUACGUGCAACCUGUAAUCAGAGAUCUAUCUAAGUUACAAUUAAAUAAUCCCUCGCUUCGAAGAGUAUCUUAAAAAUGUGUGACGAUAGAGAGAGGAGUGUUAGCGUUAAUUAUAGCUUAGCUAUAUCGCAGAAUUUGUUACAACACGGCCUCGGUAUGUGCUGUAAUUCUAAGUCUGAUUUUAUAUGUACGGAGAAAAGAAGGGAGUGUCGCGCAGUGCCGAUAAAUACGAGAUGUUAGGGAUAUGAAAAUUUUAUCGAGGGUAAGAGGGGAGGGAGGGUGAAAUAGCGCGUUAAGUAUAUGAUAGGGGUACUAUUGUCAGACGUCGGGCUUAUAUAUUACGAAAUAAUAUUGAUACACCAAUAAAUACGCAACUGCCAUCAACGUGCGGAUAGUGCGGAAUGCAUAACGAGUUUGUAACGCGUUAGAUUUGUAAGAUAAUGUCCAUUGGUGUCUAUCGUCGCGAGGAAGUCUGAUAGUCCUAGUGUGCUGAUAAGGGAGAGCGAAGGAUCCUAGCAAAGAAAAUAGGGAAGAUGAUUUUAGUGGCUUUUCCGUGUACAUUGGGAUGUCUCUAUCGAAAAAUAAAUGUCCUGGCAGAUAUAUAUUUUUCGGUGAAGUGUGAGUACCUUCGCAAGUAAAGGCUCUUUACUUGGCUCAAUCUAUCGUCGCCCUACGCUUCAUCCUACGUGGAUACUGUUGAUUAUACAAUUUUAGAUUCUUUUGUUGAAGAUAUUAUCGAUUUCUCUCGCUGAUAAACGUCCCGUAAUAUUGUCAAGUAAGAUUGAGAAACUCGACAAGAGUCUUUUGGAACGGUAGCAAAUUUCCAUUUGCCAUUGACCACAAUUAGAAGUGACUGGUUCUAGGAAUAGAUUUUUGUAAAUUGUGACACUCGUAAUACAUUUUAUAUCUGUGACAUAUGAAUUAGGUAUAUCUUAGGUGCAUAUAUUAUAAUGUAUUAUGAUAUUAUAAUGUUAUCGUAUUAUAAUAUAUAAUAUAAUUAUAAUAUCAUAAUAUGUACAUGUUACAACACACAUGUUGAUACUGUUGCAGAAACGUCGUGUGUAAGUUUUAUAUAUAUAUAUAUGUAUGUAUAUGUGAACUCUAAGAUUUGUACAUACUUUAAAUGUAGCUUUCGUAUAAACUUGUCCUAUCGCAAUUGUUUAUAUAGAGAAUUCGCGUUUGUUUUUUAAAUACCGAGACAAAGAAACGAAUCCCGCGUUAUGCCGCCGUCGCCGAAAUGUAAGAAUAAACCAUCUCUAUUUGUGGUGAAUGGCAACUUAUUGCGACCAACAUCGCCGUUAACUAGCUGAUCUAUGAUGAACUUUCGAAAAGUUGAAAUAUGUUGUAUACGGCACGUCUGUAAUCCUUACACGCGAUCGAGCUUAAGUUAAGAAUUCGGGUGGCGAUGCAGAAUGUGCAAUCUACCGUUUUUUUUUCGCUUUUCCUUUUCUUUAUUAUUUGCCAUUGUUUGCUCGUCGCGCGAAAACGCGAGAUAUUAAUGUAAAAUGCGAUCGGCUUUCUUGCCUGUGAAAGCGCUCGGAAUGGUAUUAUACAUCGCGUCGGGACGGCGAGCGAGAAGAAAAAAGAUUUUAAGAUUAACGUUAAAGUUGAACAGAAGUAUUAUAAUUAAAUUGUAAUUGUAAUGUAUGUAUAGGUCGGUUUAUGGAACGAUGCGGUAUCGUCUUUGAUGUAACAUAUUGCUAUAUUAUAUACGUUCACGCACCUUCGAAUUCCGAAUUGAUGUACGUAUAUGGGGGAAUAAAAUUGCGGAUUACAAUGAUAAUAACAAUAGCGAUAAUCUAUACUGUAUAUUAUUAAUAUUAGGAUUCACUGUCAUAAUUAUUAUUGACAUUAUAAUAAAGAAUAUUAAGAAUUGA